GUGGUGACAGACAGCUACGUUGACAGGCCACAGUCUCUGAGCUCACAUGCUUUUUGUGGCUCUCGGAGGAGUGCCUCCCAAAAAAGACGCUGCAUCAUGGGGCCCACACUUUGGUACGUUCCCCUCUGAUCCCUCUCUUAAGGCCAGAACGGCAGCUGGAGAGAUUAGACAGGAGAGGAGAGGACACACACAACACAGUCAUAGCAGUACGAGAGGCCAGGAUAGAUCCGGUUCAGACUGGUGUGCGUUCGUACUUCACCCAGAACCAUUCACCUGAACUGGACCUCUUAUGACCGUGGAUAGCUAACUCACGUUGGACCUUUUGUUGGACUCUCUAUACCGACACAUCUCGUUCAUUUUGGGAUUCAGUAACGUACAACUCUAGUGUUUCUGCGGUUCAAACGCUCCGGUCAUGAGUUUUUUCGGGUACCGCAGAGAGUUGAGUAAGUACGAAGAUGUCGAUGAAGACGAGCUUCUGGCUUCCCUCAGCCCUGAAGAGCUGGCCGAGUUGGAAAAGGAGCUCGUGGACAUCGAUCCUGACGCCAACGUGCCCAUAGGACUCAGACAGAAAGACCAGACGGACAAGACCCCGACGGGCACCUUCAGCAGAGAGGCCCUCAUGAAGUAUUGGGAAAAUGAGACCCAGAGAAUAUUGGAGGACGAGAUAGCUGGAGGAAGCCCCAAACCGGAUGAAGAACAAGAGGAGUGUGUGACAGAAGAAAACAGCGGGGAAGAAGAUGAAAAAGAUGUUGAAAACGAGAAAGAAGACAAGAAGGAGAAGGAAGAGGAAGAAGAGGAGGAGCCGGAUGAAGAAGAAGAAGAAGAAGAAGUAGAAAGUGAGGAAGAGGAAGAAGCUGUAACAGAGGAGGAGGAAGAAGAUGAGGAAGAGGAGGAAGAAGAAGAUGAAGAGGAGGAGGAUGAGGAACAGAAUAAAAAAUCUGAGCCUGAACCCUCAAAGGAUUUUGGGGCGCUGAGUUUAGCACCAAUGCUACUGAGGCCACAGAGGGCGGAGCCUAUUAGACUGACUCCUCCCCCUCCACCUGCCGACCCCAACGCCACCGGAAACCCCACCGUUGUUGACGAAGCUCUUCAACAAGCUUUGAACAACAGUCCUGAACUCACGGAGGUCAAUCUCAACAACAUUGAAGAUAUCUCUCAGGUACGAAUGCAGAAAUUCACUGAUGUAAACAAACGAAAAUCAAAGAAAUAA